AUCGCAAAUUCCAAGUGCACUCAGUGCAAAUGCCAAACGUCAAAAUAAAGAGCCCAGAGUAAACUCGUAAAAGAUUUGCAUCUAAUGAAAAUGGUGAAAUAAAGAUAACCCAAUAGCACUUGCUAGUUACAACAUUUGUGUCACCUGCAUUACUCAUAAAUCCUGCAAUCAAUAUGUCUGGGCCACCACCAGCAGAUUGGCAGACAUCAUGUAAGAGCAUAAAGAAUAGAGGAGAGUAUCUCCUCGAGUCAGGUCUAUGGAGUGAUUGCAAAUUCAUUGUUGGCAUGGAGCCAAAUCAGCAAGUGAUUGAGUGUCACAAACUCUUUCUUGCAAUGGCCAGUCCUGUGUUUCAGGCAAUGUUUUAUGGUGGAAUGCCUGAGAAGAAUCCCAUCACAAUCCUUGAUGUACAACCAGAAGCAUUUAAGGCAUUACUUGAAUAUAUUUACACAGACAAAAUAAAUUUGACAUCAUUUGACCAGGCUUGUGAAUUAUGUUAUGGUGCUAAGAAGUACAUGCUUCCUCACUUGGUUGAAGAAUGUACAAAAUAUUUAUGGUCAGAUCUGAAGCCAAAGAAUGCAUGCAGGGCAUAUGAAUUUGCGAAACUUUUUGAAGAGCCUAAGUUAAUGGACAAGUGUUUGCUGAUAAUAAAAAAUGAGACAGAGGAAGUGCUUAAAGAUGCCAGUUUUGAGGAUGUUGAGACUGGUACAAUUCUGACAAUGCUGGAUCAAGAAUAUUUGACAAUUAGUUCCGAGCUGGAAUUGUUCCAGGCGCUGACACGGCUUGCCGCCAAGCAGAAUAGCAAUAGUUCAGGUGCGAAUGCGAAAGUACCUCGGCUUGAUGGUAUAGGUGCAUUUGUGGGUGCUGGUGCCCCCAGUAACGAACCAACAAGCCCACCAGGUAGCAGUCGAUCGCCAAGCAUUCGCGACUGCUUGAUGAAGAUCCGCUUUUUGACGUUAACACCCCAGCAGUUUGCUGAAGGUCCUGCGGUCUCGAAUCUACUCACACAGAGUGAAAAAUUUGCAAUAUUGAUGAAUAUUUCAUCGCCGUCAACGGACGUUGGGAUGCCUCCAGGCUUCUCAAAAUCGGUCGCACAACGAAGAUUUCUAGAUGAUGAGGAUAUGGAGCGUGAUAGGUAUGGUACGAAUUAUCUACGAGGUGCUUCAUCAUCUACAAACAACGUUGAGUCGAUGGAAUUCCCACAAAAACACUACUGUAUUCGCAAACUGCUCCGUCAGACAGAAUUGAUGAACUCCAGCGUACUGGAUUGCACACUGACGUUUCAAUGCGAUCGUAAUGUCUGUGUGUACGGUAUUCAGGUACCCGCACAAAUUAAACUCGAAGAUGAUUCAGGGACAGAUGAUCCCUAUCCAUACACGAAUUACACCGAGUUAUUGUACGCUCAUCUGUUGGACUCGGACGGCGCGAGACUCACAUAUACGCACUUCACCAGCCGCGUAGGCUACUACUCUCUGAUGGAUAUUAGUUUCAAUCGACCUAUAUUUAUUCAAAAAAAUAAGACGUACAAAAUAGGUGUAGUUCUGAAUAAAACUGGUUGGUAUCCGAUGGGAACAUAUCCGCCACAUACGGCCGUCAAUGGAGUGGUAUUCACAUUUGGGCCACAGCAUCUCAUUCAUCAGGCACAUCAUAUUGCCGACUCGAGGGAUGGUCUCGUUCGGUCCAUCAUGUUCUCGUGCAAUUCAGCUGACAACAACGGGUCGUUUAAGGACAACAUGGCCAUGUAGAAAUUUUUGUGUUUGGUGCUCGUCAAGAGGUUCUAUUUAUUUCGUUUUUGUUGUGAGUCGACCAUCGGCAUUUUUUACUUAGAAAGCGUUUUUUAUUUGUUACAUUGUGUAUAUAUAGUUUGAAGAUGUAUGUGUAAUAUAAGACUACUAAC